GGGGGGGGGGUGGGUUAUGUUCCUCCAAGCUGAGCUCAGGAGCAUGGAGGGCGCCCUCGAAAAGAUCUCCAAGACACCAGCAGACAAGCUUGACAAUCAGGACAAGAUCUGGGCCAGGGAUGUGAGGGAGCUGUCCUAUCACAUAGAGGACAGCAUCGACACAUUCGUGGUGCGCUGCAAGAAGGUCAUUGACAGAAGCCUCGAUUUGUUGAUGCAGCCCAAGAUCCGACGUAAGAUUGCUACUGGCAUCAGAGACAUCAGGAGCCGUGUCGAAGAGAUGUCUAGGCGGCGUGAUCGGUACAAGGUCAAUAAUGAUGCUGCCGUGCCUGUCAGUGUCGAUACUCGGCUAAUGGCUCAGUACGAGAAGGUAACGGAUCUCGUUGGCAUCGAUGACUCAAGAGACGAGAUAAUUCAGAUUCUGAUGGAAGGCAAUGAGCCGUCUAAACAGCAAAGCAAGAUUGUUUCCAUUGUUGGAUUUGGAGUCCUCGGGAAGACAAGCCUUUCUAAUGCGGUUUAUGAAAAGCUUAGAGCACAAUUUGAUUGUUGUGCUUUUGUUUCAGUCUCUCAAACUCCUGACAUGAAGAAUUUAUUCAAGUGUAUGCUUAAUGAUUUUGGUGAGAAGUUCAGUGAAAAAACACAGGAUGAGGGGCAGCUUAUCAAGCAACUCAGAGAAUUCCUUCAAGACAAAAGGCACUUCAUUGUUAUAGAUGAUAUAUGGGACAUUACGCACUGGAAAAUUAUUAAAUAUGCAUUGCCUGAUAAUAAUGCUGGAUACAAAAUUAUUACAACAUCCCGUAUCCUCCAGGUCGCUGAACAUGCUGGUGGUACUUACAAGAUGAAACCACUUUCUCUUAACAACUCCAGAAAAUUACUCUAUAGAAGAAUUUUGGGUAACGAAAACAAAGGCAACAAUGAUGACAAAGAGACAUGUCCCGAUAAGGACCUGGCUGAAGUAUGCGAUAGAAUACUGAAGAAAUGUGCCCUUGGCUAUUAUUACGAUGGCUAGUGUGUUGGCUUGUAAAGCAUGAAAUAAAAUGGACUGGUAUGAGGUGUACAACUCUAUUGGUACCGGUCUUGAGAACAGUCUAGAUGUAGAGAACAUGAGAAAGGUUUUGUCAUUUAGCUA